AUGAGCCCCGUCCAUGCCAUGUGCAGGUCGUUUAUUAGCCUGUCCCUGCUCCUUCGCCACACCUCCGGCGCCUCGUGGUUUGGGUUUGAGGACAGUGCGGCGAAGCGCGACGAUGGCUCCCCGCAGCGAAAAGCGCAGGUUCGGGCUUUUUUCCGCGACAUGGAUGAAGUCAACGAGGGCGUGCCGAUGCUCGCCAAAAUGGCCAAGAUGGAGGAGCAAGCAGCUGCAGCGGGCCAGCGCGGUUCCUCAGAGGAACAACUGACGAAGUCGGCCGACUCGCUGAGCAGCACGGGGUCGCACGCCAGCACAACCGAGCAGAAAAUUUUGUCGAAGGCCAGUGACAUGCUGAAGCAGCGGCACGAGAAGCUCCGGACGCAGGGCGUGGCUUUGCCCGACCACCAGCAGCAGAAGCGGGGUCUGUUCUGUGCGCACGAGAACACAGCGGCGUGGAAGAAGAGGAUGUUCGAGUCCGAAGAUGUAUACGACGAGAAGCAUAUCAAAUGUAAAAAUGUCUGGGUCUGGAAGAAUGCAACUUGUCAUGCUAAAUCUGAAGCAUGCAAAAAUCUGUGUUGCAUGAUUACCAAAAGUCGCCCAGUUUUGACCAAGUCGGGAGGCAGUUUCUCAUGCAGGAUAGGCAUGAGAAAGAUCGCACAGAAUCUGUCAUGCUAGGUCCUGCAUUCCAGACCUCAUGGGUCAUGGAAAAGCUGCAUGACAAAUCGCGCACUCUUCCAGACCCAGACAUUUUUACAUUUGAUAAAGCAGGCCGAGAAGUUUCUCGGCGCCACGCUCGAGGGCGGACUGCAGGCGGAUCUCUACCCGCACGUAGAUUUCUUUCACCUGGUGCACGCCAAAGCCUUCAAUUGGCAGGGCCUGGCUUGGAAGAUGCCGAAAAUCGCUUUCAAAAUCCGACACCAGCCGGGAAGCAAACUGUCCAUUAGCAGCGCAACCUCUUCGCCCGGAACAAGUUCCCCCGGCACGACCGCGGCAGCCGACGUCUGCCAGUUUGAGCGAGCACCCUCCGCAGCGCCAGUGUACGAGUACUUCUCCGGGGUGCAGAUGUACCAUUUAAAAAUGUCAACCAAAGUGGAAGUGGAGGUAGGAAUUAGAUUUCUUUUGUCGCUUCUUGUGCUGCAUCAAGAGUUGCUUCGCUUCUACUAGAAGGUAGUUCCACGAAAUUUUAUACAGUGUCUCUUUAUAAUCUUGAUCGUUGUUUCUCUUCGACAAACCGUCACACUACAUAUCAGUUUUUCGUCGAAAACGCGGACUCGUUGCAGAAGAUGGAGGACGCCGCGUGGAAUCUGUACAAUCGGGAGUGGGGCGGCUUCGACUACACGCCUGCGCAGUCGGCGUCUGAAGACCGCCGAGAACAACAACAGCAAAACGCCGACUCUUUUUUCGCCCCCAACCUGGUCGACGACGACGACGACGAGCGGCCCGCUGUCACCUCGACCGCCGGCCGCACGCCGACAGAGCGGGGCUUGCUGCACUUUUUCCACGAGGCGGCGAAGCAUUUUCUACCGCGCGUGGAUGAGGACAGCCUGGACUUGAUGAGGCGUGCGAGCGACGCGGAGCUGGAGCGGAGCCUUUUAGAUGGAUUCAGUUCGGCCACGCGGCAGUUCGCCAGCGCCCUGGCGAAGGACAACAAGGCAACGCCGAACGCGGGCCUGAGCAUCGCGAAGUUCGACAUUCGGUUCACCGCUCUCACCCCCUUCCCCUACAACUCGUGGUUCGACCCGCAGGCGUAUCAAAUGUAAAAAUGUCUGGGUCUGGAAGAAUGCAACUUGUGAUGCUAACUUUGGAUUCUAAAAAAAUCUGUAUUGCAUGACCAGCAAGAGGCGCCCAGUUUGUGCUACGCGGGGAGAGCAUUUGUCAUGCGGGAUAGGCAUCAGGAACGCCUCUAGAAAUAUGUGAUGCUAGAUCAUGCAUUACAGACAUCCUGAGUCAUGCAAAAUAUGCAUGACCCCACUUUUCCAUGCAGGACUUCGGGGACCCCACUUUUCCAAGGUUCUUGGUUGUGGAUGGUUCCUCGAGGUCUGGCUGCGGCGAUCUAGUUGGGCGUAUUACGUACACCAUGCCUGCUGCUGUUGUCGGACUUUCAUUUCUGCACGCUUGAGAUCUUCACUAUCCUGCUGCUCCUCUAGUUCUACCGGUGAACAUCAUGGGACUAUACCGUUUCCCUGCGGUUUUCGAUGUAGAGCGUCGGCGGCCGCCGAUGCACGUGUAGAUGGCGGUGGUGUUGCCCCUGCUGACGUUGAUCCGCCCGCACACUGAUCUCCUUCGUCCCGUACUACCACUGUCGGGCUCUACUGCUGGUGCGGAUGCGCCUUCAUCUCCGAACAGUUACGACUUGGAGUGGUGUGAAGCUCCAGCUGCCUGGGCGAAACUGCGGCUGUCGGCGUGUGGCCACCGGCGUGUGAUGGUGAUUCCGGGGAUUUCCUGCGACGUGGCCAUUUUCUACGGAAGCUGACCGGCCUGUGUUCCGAUUCCUAAAUGUCGGCUCCCGAACGUGCCCGCUUCCGUCGUUUUCGCUUCUCCACCUCGGUUCCUGCAUUUUCUCCCCUCCGUCUUACAUUCGUGCUCCGGCUCCUGCUCCUCCGUAUUCCGCAGAGUUUACUGAUUCAGAUAGAACUUACGUAGUCCACUUCUAAUUAUUAUAAAUAUAUUACUUUACUUUUAGCCCCCGACAGUGGGAAGAAAAAGAGGAAUAAGGGAGCGGUCGGGGCUGACUCACAGAAACCGGGCGCGACGGGAGGUGGCAAGGGCAGCACAGGAGCCGAUGCUGACACGGCAGCCUCCGCAUCUGCCAGUGCAGCAAAGAGUCCGGCCGCGGGCUCGAGCUCGUCGUCAUCCAACGCUCGACCGCGCCAGGUAGUGGUGAAGAAGUCGGGUGUGGACUUAGGCCGAGUGCUGCGGAGUGGAUUGUUAAUGCAGGGGAAGAAGCUGAAUUUCCAAUAAAGACGUCAAGAUGUGUGCGUGCACGCCGAACUCGACUACCUACUGAUGGAAAGUGGCGAGUCAUGACCUGAGUUUUUUUUUACAAGUUGACAGAGAAGUUUUUUUGUUCGACCAUCGGAAACGAAGACUUUAAUUCGAACCAGCAACGGGGGCGACGCUCUAGAUCGAAGUGUACGAUAGCCAGGAAGUUAUACGAUCGGGCGCAGGAAACCCGCUGCGGGGGGGGCUUACCAAAAGAAGAAAAAAGAACUAUCGCGAAUGACGGAAGUUGUGUUGUCUCUCUCUCUGCCAAGGAACAUAUCGAUGAUUUUUUAUCUUUCUGUUGCACUGCAAGACCGAAUUCGAAUUGUGUGAAGCUGAAGUUGAAGUUGACGGUCGAGGAGCUUUAGCCCAGACGCAGUGCGACAGACUAGAGGGGCGGGGGUGCUGGAGGCUAGAAAGUUGUUGUUUGUGGUCUAGUUGACGUGACGUCGCGGUGAGAUUGCCUGCAGCAAGGAGCAUUGCAGGAGAGAGACCGGGUUGUUUGAAGUGAUUAGACCAGUGACCGGAUAAACCUGGUCGGGCGCGUGGAAGGCCAGCCACGUUGCUUUUUGCAGGCAAUCGCAUUACUAUCGAAAAGAAGAGCUUUUUUGUGAAGAUUUCCUACUACACCUGAUCACCCAGCCCAGAAUUCCGAGCCUCGCGGUUGGAGGGCCGCGCGGCAUACGUGGAAAUAACUGGAAGACCGUUUUUUGUGUUCGACGAAGAUCUCUGAAGACCCACCAAGAGAUCAAAGCGAGCCGAUUUUGACAAUAAGAAGAUCGGAGGUUCCUAAAAUGUUUACCGCCCCUACACCGUGCCCACCCGCAGAAGCCCCCGCAGCGGGGAGGAACCUAGCUGCAGGCGGCAGCGAUGCCGGGACGGAGGAACCGUCCCGAGUCCGGCGCAGGGUACAAGCAGUACAUAAGCUACGAAUCGGAACCCUCAAUGUACUCACACUGGGGGAAAGGGGUGACAGCGGAAUUAAAUCGGUUGAGGCAGAAUGCCUACUGCGGGAUGCCAGGGCACGUAAUUUGGACGUAGUAGCAACACAAGAAAGCCGGGUGACGGAGUGGAUCAACGGGGAAAAGUAUGCUGAGUGCGUGCUAUAUGGGGGCGGGGCGUGGAAAAACGCAGUAGGGGCGGCAGUCGGAGGACUGUUGUUCUUGAUCCGGGCCAACCUGGAGGUGGUGGAUUACGAUGCCGAACAGUGGGGAAGACGUGGGCGUUUAUCCCUUCGCACGCCGCAAGGUCAGCGGAUCCACAUCCACGGGUGCUACGCCCCCACCGAUGUUGCCGAUGCCGGGGCAAAAGAUGACUUUUGGAACCGAGUGGAGCAAAAAGUCUCGGCUCAUGGCAACAGGGACAUCGUGAUCGCCAUGGGAGACUGGAAUGCGGAGAUGGCGGGCGGUCCACAGCGCGAGCUGAUUGCCGCCGGUCUCCCGUACACGGUGGGCCCAUGUGGAUUGACCUCAGAUUUUGCCCGCGAGUCGGACAACUCCGCGCGUCUGCAGGCUUUGGCAUCGUCGGCCGAGCUUGUAGACAUAUCCUCCCUUUUUCAAAAACCGUGGUCGAGGCGGUAUACCUUCGAAGGCUCUUGGGCCGGGCGAAGCAGGAGGAAGCGCGAAUACGACCGAAUUCUCAUCUCCUGGCGCCACCGGGGCUUCGUGCGAGGCUUUCAAGUGCACGGCAACACCUACACCCAUAGCGACCACCGCUUGGUGGUUGCGGAGCUGUGCCUGAGUGUAGCAAAAAAGCCGAGGAAGCCCGGAGGGGUGAGCAGCUGGAUCCGGACGAAGCAGGCUGCUGAGGACACCAGCAAGGAGUUGGAGAAAAUCUUCGAUGUUGGGGUCGUAACAGAGGGGAUCGAGUCCGGGGCGAGAAGCACGGACGAGUGGUGGGUGGAGUUUGAAGAAGCUCUGGCUGCCACCAUCGACAAAUUAAGCAAAAAGGCGGAGGUGAAACGGGGACCGCGAAAACCCUGGAUCACCGAGAAGACAUGGGCAAAAAUCGAGGAACGACGAAAGGCGAUGGAAAAGGGGGGCCGGGACGCAAAGAAGCGGGUAAGCAGGCUCGGAAGGGCUGUUAGAGCCUGCGUCAAGGAGGACAAGCUCGCCUGGGUCAAGGACAAGCUGGAAGAGCUACGCAAGGCCGACAAUUCCGGCAACUCCCGUGCGGUUUUCGAGGUUGUCAGGCAGCUGGCAGGCAAGGCCCGGAAGCCAAUGCAGGAGCUGCCGGGGCCUCCGGAAAUGUGGACAGCUUUCUGGGGGAAAAUUUUCGGCGAGCCCCGCCCCGAACCGGCCGAAGAAGCCAAGAGCACCCUGAGCUACAGAAAGUGCGAAGAGGCGCUUCUGAAAGAAGACCGACCGCAGUGGUGUGGCAAUUGGGAAGUCGCGCCAACCGAUUCAGAAAUCGACGAAGCCCUGCGCGGGCUGAAGGCGGGCAAGGCCUUUGCAGGGGUAGCACCGGCGGAGCUUAUACGCGACUGCGCACUCGCGCGUGCUGUGGUCGCGUCGCUUGUCCGCCGGGUUUUCCGGGGAGAGGAAGUCCCCGAAGCCUGGGGGCAGGCGGUGCUCACGAUGCUCCACAAAAAGGGCGACAAAAGUCAGGCAAAGAACUACCGGCCGAUUGCUUUGCUAACAUUUGGCGAAAAGUUGCUAGGCCUCAUAAUCCUGAAACGGAUAGAAACCGAAGCGGCGGCGACAAUCGACAAAAGGCAAAAGGGGUGCACGCGCGGACUCAGCUGCAGGCAUGGGGUCUUCCAGAUCCUGCGCGACAUGGAAAAAUGCAAAAGGGAAGGACGCCGGGCGUACCUCGGCUUCGCCGACUUCCUGAAGGCGUUUGACAGUCUCAGCUGGGCGGUCAUGUAUAAGGUUCUCCGACGCCAGGGGCUGCCUGAAUACAUCGGCCAAGUCGUGCGCAGCAUGUACGAUGGCCGCGCUACGGUCUGCAUCCGGCUUGCACGGGACCGCUACACCAAGCACAUCAAGCAGCGGGCAGGCAUAAGGCAGGGCAGUUCGCUGUCCCCGCUUGUGUUUGCCAUCGUUCUUGAUUUCGCAAUCACGCAGUUUGCUGGGGUGAUGGAAAGCGAAAAACGGUGGUCCAGCGCGCAGGCCAGAGGGUUCGCCAUGGGGCUGCUUGGGUUUGUAGACGACCUGGUGGUGAAGACCGGCACCGAGGAAGACGCAAAGUUUGCAGUCCGGGAACUGGCAGGGGCUUGCCGGUUCGUCGGGCUGGAGCUUAACGCGGACAAGGGAAAAACCGAGGUGAUGGUUGUCAACCAGCCCAGCAGGGACAGAAAAAACGAACACGCGAUGACAGAGCGAUGCGUCAUACCAGAGGAAGAGGGGGUCGCAACCACCGAGGGCACACUAGUAGAGUGGGACGGGGUGGACUUGCGCAAAGAGUUUAGAGACGCAGCGGCGCAGGUGUGCACCAGGCGCAUGGGGGACCUGAGCCCAACCCAUUUGUUGAUAUGGGAUGACGGCCACUACAAUGUGGUAAAGAUGAAGGCCUCCGGUUGGGUGAUCCUGGACAACGGGAAGGCCAUGCGGCUUACCCGCCUGGGGCGCCGCGAGUACAUCCUCGAGAAGCACAACGAACACCGGUGCCCGCGGUGUGGGGAUGUGUUGGAGGAUGCAAAGGCGCUGAGGUAUCACAUCGCGACCGGGUUCUGCAGGAAGGACAAAACGAUCCACGAGCAGAGAACCCUCAGGGUGGCGCGGGUGGUCGAGCAAAAGAAAAAAGCCGAAAAGGAGGCCCCGGGGGUAGAGCCGGUCGACAUCUGGCACGACGGUAAACAGAUCGCAGCGGUGGCGCGCUUCGUAUACCUAGGAACAGAAAUCGACCGGAACGCAACUACUUCGUCGGAAACCCGGCGGCGUUGUGCCAUGGCGCUUAGCGUGGUGCGGUCGCUGUGGAAAAUCUGGCGGGACAGGGACAUCCCGAAACACCUGAAGGCCGCGCUGUAUCGCUCGCUCUGUAUCAGCGUGGCCCUCUACAACGCCGAAACCUGGGCAACCACGGAAGCGGACGAACAGACGCUGCGAAACUUCCAAAGGCAGGCGCUCAGGUACAUCCUCGGCCUGUGGGAGUGGCAGGACGCGCCGCCACGGGCUGAGAUGUGUAAGGCGCUGGGGGUGCAGACCAUAGAGACGGAGCUUCGCGAAAAACGAAUAGCCUGGAUGGCUCACGCCGCAAGAGAUCCACACGGGGAAGGGUCUAUUACCCGCAUCGAGAACGAGAUACGCGAAAAGACGCGAUGGGGAAAUCUUGCAGCUGCCGAUCUCGACCACUACCGGGUCGAGCUCGGCGACCUGAAGGCGCAAAAACCAACAGGGGCGGUAGUCCGAGAAAUGCUGGCGAAGCGUCGGCCGUAUGCUACGGCCCGACGGGAAACGAAAAAGACAGGGCCAGCGCCGGGGCAGCCGUCCAAAAAGGCCAAGGAAAUGCAGGACGAAAGGCGCCAGCGGCUAGCAAAGCAGCGGGAAGAGCAAGCGCAAGCAGCACAGGCCGUCGUAGAUGCCUUGUCGGGGAAAAAAUGGAGGCCAUCAGAUGCCCGGGCAGGUUUUUGGGAACUGGAAGAUGACCCGCAGUGGGUUUUUGAGGUGAGCGAGGUCUUCUUCUGUGAAAAUACGGGCAGGGAAGAGGUCAGUGUAGCGGGCAUCUGGUUCCAGAAGGAAGAUGAUGGGACCUACAUCCUGCGAUAGGAACCCGAUCCCGAGUGAAGGAAACAAAGACGAUAGAAAUGCACGCACGUCCACGAUCCAAGCGACGACUUCAGCCUACAAGAACUACUUUAACUGAAACAGGACAAUGCGUUUGAACUGAACUGAACUGAACUUAUGCGCAGACAGCCGAAGACUUAUUUUAUUUGCUCGAGGCCUGCGCCCCUCGAUCUGCUUUUUACUCUUAAUCUAUAUGCUGGCACCCCGGCCUGCACUCCGGUAUCCAGCUCCAACGACAUUUUACCCGGCUGCUGUUAUCUCCGCGUCAAUCUACUUUACGGGCCUGCUCUCCCGCUUUUCAUUUACCCUCUAGCCCCUGGUGGUUCACCAGAUUCGGGCCGGGACUUCUUUACCUAGCGCUGCCGCGACGCACACCGACAUGGACGCGUAGUACCUUAAUCCUGUCGCACAUAUCUGCUUCACCUGUUUCAACCCUACGGGGGGGAGGCCUGCAUUCCUCCUUACUAGACACCCUUGUUCCCUACUUCUCGUUUCCGCCGGUCGCGCAUGUGCGAUGUUGCCCGCUCGGAGUUUUCUGUUUUCCAUGCGACUCCGCAGCUGUGUAUAAACCUUUUGGUCAUGACAUGGUCAGAUUUUGCGCAUGACUGGGCACACUCACAUCCGAGAUCGCUGGGGCGGGUGGGGGGUCCGAGCCAAAAAAAAAAGGUCUUUGUGGCGUUUUGGUAGUUUAGGUGCAAAAUAUGCAUGACAAACCUGGUAACCUUCCAGACCCAGACAUUUUUACAUUUGAUAAGGCGCGGCCGGUCCCCCGGGUGGAGUUCGACGAGAUCGACAUGAGCCCCGUCCUGUUUGUAUCCUGAGUAAAAACGUACCCACACCAGAGUUGUAAUGCAGAUUUGCAAAGACAGGAAGACUUGUAAUGCGCAUCCCCAUGAGAGCCAUUUCCAGUCGUGUUUUGGAAUUUGUGAUGCUGUGAACAGGAUGAGCAGCUGGAUUUGUGAUGCGGCUGCACUUGCUAACCUGCACUACACUGCAGAGCUCAACUUGUCAUGCGUGGCUCACAAAACUCCUAGGUUUGUGUUGCAAAAUCCUCAUCCUAACUCUGGUGUGGGUACGUUUUUACUCAGGAUAGUUUGCGAGGGACAUGCGGUCCGCACUGUCCUUCAACCUGCUGCUCGCCGCCCACAACCUGAUCGAGCAGCAGGUGGCCGCGUUCGUAGCGCAGCGGCUGGACAACGCUGCGGUGGAGGAACCGAACCCCAUGAACGACCACAGCAGCAGCCACUGGGGGACGGGAUUCGUGCUGAAGAUGAAAGAUGUCGACGGUUCGGACAACGGUUGCACGGGGGGCAGUAGUACCAGCCGCGCGAUGAUGCAGACGCCGUGCGAUCCUUACGCCGACUCCUCGAGCGGCAGCCACUACUACUUGUCCAGGCUGCACUGCCCCUUGCCCUGUUGCGGAAGCCGUCGGGGUCCGCAACUGGAGCCGCUGCCGAUUGCGACUAUCAAGGUGUGAAGACGGGCCGAGUUGCUCCAGUGUUGUACUCCUCAACCAGAACCAGGCAGCAGCGAAAAAUUUUGACCGAUGGAUCAGUUUUGUCGUAUACUAAAGAUGAAAUACAGUGAAUACAGUAGAAUUAUUCCGUAGUACUACGAAAACAUCGUAUUUGUCGACGUUUCACUAAAUGAAAAGCCGUCAACAUCUCGUAGAGUUUAGAUCGAAGUUUGCAUAUGACUGUGUUUUCGACCGAGCAGCCGCUUCAGUCGUAGUACGAAAACAGAGUCGAUAUUCCCUUGCUGUGAAUAACAACGAAUCCCAUUUGACAUCCAUAGAAAAGUCACGAUGUGCCUCUUCUGCGAAACGAUUAUGUGCCGAACCAACCAUCUACACCUACUUUAGAAUAAGAAGAUUGACAGCGAAAUGUCAACUCAGUAGAGAUCGUUCGACGCAUGCGUUGUUCCUGUGUUUCGCAUUGACCUGGAGUGCGAUGUAAGCUAACGUCACUAAGGACCAAACAGUGCACAUGCAACGAAGUGGGAG